UCAUGCUGCUGCCAGGUCCAGAGUGUGUCAUGGGUCCCUGUACGGCCUCCCAUUGCUGCUGUCUCCAUCGCCACACUCUGCCAUGUGCCACUUUCAGGUCUCCUCACACUGCUGGUGGGUUCCAUUUUGUCAUAGGGUGCUGGCAGAUUACGGGCCUCCCAUUGCUGCUGCCAGGCCCGUAAUCUGUCAUGGGCCCCUGUACCGCCUCCUCAUGCUGCUGCCAGGUCCAGAGUGUGUCAUGGGUCCCUGUACGGCCUCCCAUUGCUGCUGUCUCCAUCGCCACACUCUGCCAUGUGCC